AUGGAAUUAUAUGAACNGGACUUUGCACCGCGGCGUUUACUCAAAAUUAUACAGAAAAAAAUAGUGUUGGCGCCGACUGGUGAGCGGAGUGGGGUGAAUGCGUUACAACAGUAUAGUCUCAAGGUCAUACACGACGGGAUACGCGACAUAAUAACACGUGCCGCGUGGAGUUACAAACUUACAAACGACAAACGACAAACGACAAACGACAAACAACAAACAACAAACAAACAUACAAGUGAAACUAAUAUAAGCGUGUUAAAAAGAGCCAAAUAUAAUGCAAUGUCAAAAAUACACAUAGCAGACUUUGAAUUUAAUUUAAUGGGAGAAACUUUGUCAUGUUUAAUUCAACAUAUUGAUCGUGUCUCUACGAUCAUUCAAUUCUUCAGAAUCUAUGAUUGCACGAGACAUGGUUUUAAACAUAUUUCGGCACAUCAAUUGAUGCGCCAAAAAAAUACUUAGACUCCUUCUUAAGUAAUAAGAUUAAAACAGGUCAUCAAAACAACGUGUCAACCUUCUUAAAGUAAUAGUAAUAAUUUCAACAUUUUAGAGAUUUAACUUGAAUGUGCAUUUACAGCUCAUUGUUGCUAUAUUUUCUAAAAAGACAUUUCUAAAUCUUAAAUUUACUAAAACUACUGUGAUAUUAACGUUAAAUGCUUUUUCAACAAAACAUCAUUGAUAUAUAGGUGUUUAGCAAGAAAGGAAACUAAC